GGGCCAAAGGGUCACAGUCCCUGGACCGGUGUCUCACAGUUCCUACAGACGUCUCAGAAGAUCAUCCAGUUUGCAUCAGGGAAGGAGCCACAGCCAGGAGACACCAUCAUCUACGUGGCCGGAGCCUUUGACCUGUUCCAUAUUGGGCAUGUAGAUUUCCUGGAGAAGGUUCACCGGCUGGCCGAGAAACCCUACAUCAUCGCUGGGCUGCACUUUGACCAGGAAGUAAAUCGCUACAAAGGGAAGAACUAUCCCAUCAUGAACAUCCAUGAGAGAACGCUCAGUGUCUUGGCCUGUAGGUAUGUCUCAGAAGUGGUGAUUGGAGCCCCUUAUGCUGUCACUGCUGAUCUGCUGGAUCACUUCAAGGUAACACUUGUGUGUCACGGGAUGACUGAGGUGGUGCCGGACAAGGACGGUUCUGACCCGUACAAGGAGCCGAAGAGACGCGGCAUUUUCCAGCUGGUGGACAGUGGCAGCAAUCUCACCACAGAUUUAAUCGUGCAAAGAAUCAUCAAGAACAGGCUGGAGUUUGAGGCUAGGAACCAGAAGAAGGAAGCUAAGGAGUUGGCUGUGUUGGAGGCCAUGAAGAGACUGGAAGAGAAGCACUAGAUCAGCGGAGCCAAUGUGUGGGUCGCAGAGCGCCGCAGCCUCACCCACUUGAAGAGCAGACCCCUCUUGGAGAGGGGACCCCUCAACGGGACACUGCUGCCGGCACGCAGGAUGUGCUGUCCUACCCUCUUCUGUUCUAGCUCCUCCUGCACUAAUUAUGCAGACAUAAUGAGUUGGGAUCCUGCUGCCUAGUUUUUCCUCCGUUAAUCAGCCCCUGUCCCCUUUCCCAGGAGGAGAGAUGACAA